CACAGUUGGGCCUCGAGCAGCCUUUAAAAAUGAUCUCACAUUAUUCAAAGAUGCCCACCUGCUGUGCUCAUAGAGAGAGAGAGAGAGAGGGAGAGAGAGAGAGAUGAAAGAUUAUUUAUUUCUCAUGGGUGGGAGACAGUGAGUGAGCGAGCGAGCGAGUGGGAGGGAGGGCGGCAGUCAGAAGCAAGCAAACUAAUUCUCAGACAGUCGUGCCAGAGCAGGAGCUGCAGUUCACCUCGCUGACUCUGUUGGUUUAAAAGACAUUUUAAGUGUUAUUCAACCAUUAAUUUAUUCCCAAGUAACAAGUAGGACUUUCCAUUUUGGACAGGGGGCUUCAAACGCGCACCCGCACUUCUUCCGAGCCGCGACAACUCAAGGUGAAUGCCGUCAUGCCAUUUGGGUGCCUUGCCCUGCGAGAUGGGCGAACGUACGACACGAUAUCUGAUGUCACAGACAAGUAUGAGUUCGGACAAGUCCUGCGAGCGAAGGAGUUCUGCGAGCUGUGCCUGGCAAAGGACAGACAAACAGACAAGGUGUUUGUCUGCAAGAAAUUCCUCAAGAAAGAUGGCAGGAAAGUCCGCAAGGCUGCCAAGAACGAAAUCAUGAUUCUGAAACUGGUAAACCAUCCAAACAUCCUUCAGCUGAUAGACACGUUUGAGACUCGGAAGGAGUAUUUCAUCAUCCAGGAGCUUGCCACAGGAGGAGAUGUUUUUGACUGGAUUCUGGACCAGGGGAACUACACAGAGAGAGAUGCUUCCAAUGUCAUCAGACAAGUCCUGGAGGCUGUGGCAUACUUACACUCCCUCAACAUAGUUCACAGGAACCUGAAGCUGGAAAACCUGAUGUACUACACAGAAAACAACCAUAACAAAGUAGUUUUGCGAGAUUUCUACCUGUCCAGAUUUGAGAACGGACCAAUCACGGAGCCAUGUGGAACACCUGAAUACCUGGCUCCUGAAGUGGUGGCUCGUCACCGAUAUGGCCGUCCUGUGGACUGCUGGGCUGUGGGUGUCAUCAUGUUCAUACUUCUGCAUAAUCGCAUCAUUUUCUGCCGGAUUGUUGCUGGGGAUUUUGAGUUUGAUUCUCCUUACUGGGACGACAUUUCACCUGCAGCUAAGGAGCUUGUCUGUCGCCUGAUGGAAGUGGACCAGAUGCUGAGAAUCACAGCGCAAGAUGCGCUUUUCCAUGAGUGGAUUGCAGGGAACGGUGCAUCAGAAAAGAACCUGAAGGACGGCGUGUGCGCCCAGUUUGAAAAGAACUUUGCAAAGGCCAAAUGGCGGGAAUUAAAGAAAGCGAUCCGUGUCACCACCUUCAUGCAACGCCUGAAGAAUUCAGAAGCAUUGAUUGAUAGCUCUGCUGAGGUUCAGGGCAGUGAGGAGGCAGGGGAUGGUGAAGGGGGUGCUUCGCAGGGAACAAGUGAUGAGGGAGAGAAAGGGAUGAGUGAUGGUGGGGUAACAUCAAGUAGCGUGUCUUUAGAAGUUACUAUUGAGAGUAUGCCCUCUGGUAUGGAGCCGAGUAAAGAGACAGUUAAGGCUGGAGAAAAACAAGAGGAGGUAAAGAUGCAUAUAGGCCCAUCUGUAGGAACUUCGCCUUCAGGUGUAGAGGACCUUUCCUGUCAACCAAAUGCAGUCCCCAACUGUGCCCAGGAACAGCCUGACAAGGUUGGUGCAAAGAAAGGUGCAGGUGACGUAACCAGGAAAAUGGCUGCAAAUCUGGGCCAAAAUAAAGUUGUUCCAGAAUUCAAACAGACGCCUGCGGUGAGCCCUGAGGCCUCAAAGCUAUUAGACAGCACUCCGGGCAUUGAUCGUGACAAAAAACACAUAUCGUCCUCCCCCGAUCCCAGCAGCAAACGUAAAAUGGCUGCAACACUUCAUGCACCUUCACACACAGCAUCCGCUGCAGCAUCAGCCUCACCGCUGAAGAGACCAGUCACACAAAGCGAGCAAAAAGAUGAGACUGACGGAAGUUGGUGUCAGACACAAGUACCUGAAGCGGUGGCAGAGAAGUCUGUGGUGGCGCCAGUUACUCCAGCAGUGGGGCCAGGUACAGGGGUGGAUGGAGGACUAGAAGUUAGGCUCAGGGGCGAUGAGAGUCCAGUAGAGAGGCAGGACAGGAAUGCCAGAAGAACAGAUAGAUACAGCGCUGAGUUUAGUUUACCAAGAGCAGGUGCUACACCGGGACAGGCUUGCUAUGCAGUUGGAAGCUCUGCUAGUUUGGGCCGUCAUGCCACACCAUACAAUCCAGAGGUUGGGGCUAUGGGGAUGGGGAUGGCUGGGAGCUAUGGGAGCCCAUACAGCUCCCUGUAUACGAGUGGAGGAGGUGUAGGGAGGUAUGGGACUGGGCUACAGCACAGUGGGGGGAGCAGCACUUCAAGCGAUUGGCAAAUGGACAGUGUGAUCGAGCAGAUAGAAAAGCAAAUGGCUGCAGUGCUGGAGAAGAUCGAGGGAGACAUGCCAUCGCUCCUAGAGCAAAUCAGUGACUGUCCUGCUGAGCAACCUCGAGCUCGGAGCACACACGCCUCUCCCGCCACCUCUCGUGCACGCCCCUCACAGCGGUCCACAUCUGCAACCACCGGCACCCCACCACCACUUCCUACCUCUCCCAGACCUGUGCUGCCAUCUCUUCCUCACAUUAGCAUUCCUCCUCCUGCCUAUCCCCCACCAUCCCCACCCACAGAAGCCUCGCCCCAGGCGCUGGGAGAGCAGGAAGACAGAGACGGACAGGCGGCUCCUGCUCAUUCCAGCCAGUCACCAAGACCUGGGAUAGGCAGGGGACUAUGAGGCAGGUGUGCAUGAUGCAAUACACAAAGGCAAAAAUACCUGGAACACUGUAUUCAUAGUUAAACUUAAGGAUUUAAUGACUGUCUCACCCAGAAGGACUGCCUAAUUGUGCGCAAAAAGAGAAGUUAUUACACUGUUGUUUGGUUUGGCUGCAUAUACCAGAUGACCCUACCCCCCUCUGACAUUCAACACUUUCGUCACUGGAGUCUAGAGGGAUUAGAGUACAAUAUAUCUCUAUAUGACAGCUUCA